UGUUUAAUGAAUAUUAAUAAUUUUAAUAUGAUCGCCAAAAUAUCGUCACUCUCACCAGCAGGACUUUCUUUAAAUGAAAAUAUAUAGUUUGCCAAGUAUGAAAGCGCUUUGCAUUCUGGACACGCGCGCUUACCGCGUGCCUUGCCGCCCAAAGGAUCACGUAUAAAUACCAAGCCCAUUGAAAAAUUAAAUCAUUGUUGCUCCAUUAACCGGCCGGGCCGAACGUCUAAUUAAUCAAAUCUAAUGACAAAGUGAUAUAAAUAAAAAUGAAGUGUGUGUGCUUACUUCUGGCUUCCGUAGCGCUCGUGAGCGGAUACAGCAUCAGGGACAAUGAGAUUGAGACGGCGCGCUUACGGACAAGUGAUGAGUUGCUCCAGAGUGUGAUCAGUGAUUGUUUCGAAGCCGCAUCCCCCAUGUCCUGCCUCAAAGUGAAAGUUCUGUCCUUCUUCGACACUAAGCUUGGCGUCAGCUCCGAGUCUGCGAGGGCUCUCGAUGACAAGAACAUCGAUAAAGUGAUCUUCGACCGCGUCGGCAAGUACCUCAGCAACAAUGAGGUCAGGUUCCAGCUGCCGGAGUUCCUCUUCGAAGGUGCCGAGGUGUCCUACAGAGCAGACAGGGGCUUGGAUGUGGAGUUCCCCAAGACUGACAGUGAAAACGGUGAAGCUCGAGGCAUCUUGAAGAAGAAGCUGCUGCUGCCCGUCCUUCUGCUGCUGAAGCUCAAAAUGAAGGCGCUGAUGCCCAUCCUGGUGGCCAUCAUCGGUAUCAAGGCCAUCAAGGCUCUGAUCCUCAGCAAGCUCGCCAUCACCCUCGUCCUCGGAUUCCUCAUCUACAACUUGAUAAUGAAGAAAGGAGCCAUGCCCAUGAUGAUGAUGCCGCCUACGGAAGCCGCUCCUCCCGCUCCCCAAUACGGUCCCCCGGCCUCUCAGUACGGACCCCCCUCGACCUCUGCUCCCUCCGCCCCCCAGGACUCGUACGGGCCUGCCUGGGAGCCAGCGAGCAGCGGCCCCUACGCCCGUGUGUGGGACCCCUCGCAGCUGGCCUACAGCUCGUACUACCCCAGUGACUCCAGCUCCUCAGCUACCUCCAACCAGUCUCCGAGCUACUCCAGCGUGUCAUCCGUCUCAUCGUCCAUCUCAUCAUCAUCAUCAGCCACACACUAAACGAAUUACCUCAUGUAAAUAGCACGGGAAACGCAUUGUACAUAGUGUUUUGACGCACGCACCAAUGAAACGGCUAGGGUCUAGAAGAGUUAUUUAUUGACGAUAUUUAUUUUUUAUUUAUUGAGAACAAUAAAGAAACUGUCGUUUUACUGAUGGUAAA